UGUGGCUGGGGGAAGCCAUUGCCUGUUUAAUAGUUGCUGUUGCUGCACUUCCGCUUCUCUCCCAGCGAGAGAGAGACACGAGUGGCCAGGCCCAGCCGCAGCCGCAGCAGCAGCCGCCGCGGCGGCACGGAGGAGCCAGACACAAAGAGAGGGGCUGUUUGCGGGGUGGGGUGGGGGGUUCGCUAUGUCGGAUGACGAUUCGAGGGCCAGCACCAGCUCCUCCUCAUCUUCGUCCUCCAACCAGCAAACCGAGAAAGAAACAAACACCCCCAAGAAGAAGGAGAGUAAAGUCAGCAUGAGCAAAAACUCCAAACUCCUCUCCACCAGCGCCAAGAGGAUUCAGAAGGAACUGGCAGACAUCACUUUAGACCCUCCACCCAACUGCAGUGCUGGUCCCAAAGGUGAUAACAUCUAUGAAUGGAGAUCAACCAUUCUAGGGCCUCCAGGAUCCGUGUAUGAGGGUGGUGUAUUCUUCCUUGAUAUCACUUUUACACCAGAAUAUCCUUUCAAGCCUCCAAAGGUUACGUUUCGGACAAGAAUCUAUCACUGUAAUAUUAACAGUCAAGGAGUUAUUUGCUUGGACAUAUUGAAAGAUAAUUGGAGUCCAGCACUAACCAUUUCUAAAGUCCUCCUUUCCAUCUGCUCACUUCUUACAGAUUGUAAUCCUGCCGAUCCCUUGGUAGGAAGUAUUGCCACUCAGUACAUGACCAACAGAGCAGAACAUGACAGAAUGGCCAGACAGUGGACCAAGAGAUACGCUACAUAAAUUGGGUUUUCACGAUUCUUACCUUAUUUGUCUGUCACAGAGAGAGCUGCUUAUGAUUUUGAAGGGGUGGG